AAGUAGCCCACCAUGUGCUUCCGGCGUUACCAUGGCGCUCUGAAGAAACUUUAGGUACAGUGGCAAAGAGAAGACUCUUCUCAGUAUCUUUUCAGAAUGGCAAUGAAUGAUGUGCUUUGGCAAGAUAGAGAUGUUCGUUUCGACGUUACAAACCAGGAGCUCCAGUAUGGUCCAGGCGAAGAACAAUUCGACAGGCUCGAUGCUGUCGAAGACACCAAAGGGAACAGUGGCGAUAAAGGAAAGCUCUUUGUCACCAACUUGAGGAUCAUUUGGCAAUCUCAUUCAAGACCCAGAGUGAACCUCUCGGUCGGAUUCAACUGCAUCACUGGUGUGUCUACUCGUACAGUGAACUCAAAACUACGUGGCAUAGCUGAAGCGCUGUACCUGCUGACAAAGACGAGUAGCAGCAGAUAUGAAUUCAUAUUCACGAACUUGCAAUCAACGGGUUCCCCUAGGCUCAUCGCUUCUGUUGUGAACGUGUUCAAGUCAUACAACAGCAGCAAGCCGUACCGGGAACUUCGCCUGCGGGCAGCCCUCCUGCAGCGCGGUCAGCUGAUUGUGCUGCCAGGUGAACACAUCUGUAGUCGUGUACAGGGAGUGUGGAACCUGUCUAGUGACCAGGGGAAUCUGGGAACCUUCUACAUAUCCAACGUCCGGCUCGUCUGGCACGCCAACAUGAACGACUCGUUCAACAUCAGUCUUCCUUAUAUUCAGAUGUCUAGCAUCAAGACGCGGGAAUCCAAGUUCGGCACCGCACUUGUCAUUGAAACGACAGAAUCUAGUGGUGGCUACGUGCUCGGCUUCAAGGUAGACCCAGCAGAACGUCUUCAAGAGGUGUCCCGAGAACUGUCUAGUCUCUAUAAAGUCCACAAGGCUAGGCCGGUGCUCGGAGUCGAUUUCUGCAUGGAGCAACACUUGAAAGAUCAGCCGUAUGGUGAGACAGACCAGAAGGGCCCAACCAUGGAGGAAGAUGAAAGCCAAGUGAUAACCGAGAGCCACUACGACGCAUUUGCAGCCUACCUGGCAGAAGAAAGCAAAGUCAAGUGCCGUGACGUGGUGUACAACACUGAGCUGGGAUUGGCGAUGGAAAAGCUGAAGGAAGGCUACACGCUCGCCUCGCUCUGGGAAGUCGUUCCACCAUGAACAACUCACAUGUGUGAGAUAGAGCGCAAGGCCUUGCACGUUUUCAAGUUGCGUAUUGCGAGAGUUUUGCUCAGCAUCUGUAGUUGAUAAUUUGAUAUUAAAGCAAGUAGCUGUGGAACGCUGCCUAGCUUAGA